CAGUUUGCUAGUAGACUAAAAUUAUCCGGAAACACUCCGGAUAUGCCGUCGACGUCGGCAUAAUUGGACCAAACAAACCGCGCAACAAAUGGACAUCUUGCAGGAAGGGAAGCUCCGCGGGAAGAACAUCGCAGAUGUUGUCAAGGAGCAGGUGCAUGGCACGUCUGUGGGCAAAGGAAGCACCGUCGUGUGGAUCGAGAGGGUGCUAACUGAACUCCGCCUUCACGUUGCCAUCCCGGUCGACAGCGUUGAUUGGAGUGAAGAAUCGAUUGGCACGUUGCUGUCUGCAGCUGGAAUGACUGUUCGAUAUGUGACUGAAGCACCGACUUGUGCUGCAUACAUUGCCGAGUUCGAAUCCAUCUUUCUUCAUGUCCUCGAGGUUCCGAAGUGGACCAAACCGUUCGUGGGACUCAAGAUGGUGGCGUUGCGAGGCUGCACACGAUUGCUGGAGAGUUUUGCCGACGUUGUUCAGCGUCACGCCGAAGUCAUUGAUUGGAUCUCCACUGCCCUCGACAUCAUGCUCUCCACGGACGAUGCAAGCGUCUCGACGUGCAUGCAAUUGUUGUUCCGGCCGACUUGCGAGCACUUGAACGUUCUCGUGCAAGCUCACGCUGCGUCCGUCCCGCUGUUGAUGCCGAUCGUGCCCCGAUUCCUUCGUCUUUACUCAACAAAAUUUUGUGGAUGCCCCACCAAGCAGAACAAGGACGACAUUCUCGAAUUCACAUCGUUUCUUUCGGUGCUUCUGGACACUAUCCUGCCCCCACUUCCUUCCGCGCGAUCUCUCCUCGCCACUCCGUUGCUGCCAGUCGAAGCAUCCCCGCUACUUCCACUACAUGUCAUGUCGAAAGACGAGUGGCAUCGCUUCUACACGUCUUCUGCCGCCAUGAAGUCCAUGCUGUGUGUGCUGCCGUCGUUGUACGCCGCGGCUUCCUACGAUCUGCCGUGCGAAGCCUCGACAGACUGCUUUGUCGCCUACUUUCUGCACAUCCUUACCAUGCUCGGCGAAGCUGCUACAAGUGAGGGGAGUACCAUCGACAAGCUCGAGCACAUGUCAUCAGCCGUCGAAUCGUUGCGAGAUCUGCUCAUGCGCCACAUGCAGUUCCAGCCCAAACGUGAAAUAAACGACGUCGCGGCUCCGUUUAUGAAGGUCGUGCCAGUGCUCCAAGACGUUUUUGCAUUCAUUGGGGACGUUGCGAAAGACAAAAGCCUUCGCGGCUUCAAAGCAAUCAUCGCGGACAUCCGUGACUCCGGAAUCGAGUGCUACGUGGCACUCAUGCACGUGAUGGGCACAGACUUUUGGUCCUUGGAGACGGAAUUUUCAUUUCUCCACACCGUGGCCGUAAAAGUGGCCGAUCCACUCAUCUUUGGCGACUUUUUGAAGGUCCUGCGACCUGUGGAUCGCAACAAUGUCGACCAAGUGGACCGAUACGCGUCCAAGGUGGCCGACGUCGUCACAGUGUUGACCAAGGGACUGCGUCAAAGCCAACGAUACUCGAAAACCCUGGCAGUGCGCAUGGUCGAAGGCGUUUCCCAAAUUGCCGUCGGUGCUGGCGUCGACCUGAAGCCACAUGUGCCGGUGCUAGCCAAAACGUUGUUGGAUGUGCAGGCAAUCUCAUCUGGAGUUCGCAGCGCGACUGCAGUCGCCCUCACCCGCCUCUACUGCAUCGCGCCAUUCGAUGACUCGAUUGCACCAGCCUUCUUUGAGGUCGUGACCGACGGAGCGCUGGCAUUGCGAGAUUCUUCGCUUGAAUCUCUCUGCAUCUUGUUGGAAGACAGCACAGCGGCGCCAGUUGCAUUGAAUUCGUUGCCUGCGACGUUUUGGAUCGAGUUUCUUGCGUCAUGUGCCGAUAGUUUUGCAGCAGUGCCCAUGGUAGAGGAAGACAUACCCGUCUUGAUGCAUCAGGUCCAGAUCUGCCGUGCACGACUUGCCCUUGGACUUGAUGACGUUCCGUUGCAAGUUAUCAGCACCAUUCGAGCUGCAGUUCACACCAUGCGCGACACAGCUGAAUCCGACGGCAUCGUGGAGGUUGUCGAUGCGGCCGAGUUGCUCUUGUCGUUCUUGCUUCCAGUUCCAUGAAUACCUGAUUAAUCUCUCCCUGUCGUUGAGUUCUGCGUCGCAACGGUAGUCGAGAGUGUGGAGCUGGCCGUGCCCUUCACGGACCGAGCGGUCCAUGUACCUGAAUGGCCUGCUCGGACAUCGAAC